UAGUAAUAAAAUACAUAAUUAAAAUUAGCUCAUUCUAAAAUUAAUGUUAUUCAGUGUAGAGUACAUAAUUUCUCUAGCAAUAUAUCAUUCAAAUGCUACAAACAACUUAAAAAUUGCUAACAGACCCUGUAAAUCUAACUGUUAAUGAAUGUUUGUUUAAAAUUUGUGUUCAUAAAUAAUAAACAACCUCAAGAUGGCAUCAAAUGUAUAUGACGAUUUAAAUGUCGAUGACUGUGAAUUGUACGUUCAACGACAUAACAUACAACAAAUUUUAAAAGACUGCAUUGUCCAGCUAUGUAUUGUAAAACCAGAAAGGCCUUUAACAUUUUUUAGACAAUACUUUCAAAAAUUGGAAAUGGAACAAGAGCAAGGAAGCGACAGCCAGCACGGAGAAACAGACGAGUUCUUCCAGUCGGCGCCGACGUCGGGUCCGGCAAGUCACGUCCAACAAUCGAUCCGUCGAAGRGGUGGCAUAUCGGCCGAGCACGUUUCCGAAGAAGAAGCCACCAGCUAUGUCAAGAAAGUAGUGCCUAAAGAUUACAAAACAAUGGCGGCCUUAUCGAAAGCGAUCGCCAAGAACAUAUUGUUCUCUCACCUGGACGAGAACGAGCGGUCGGAUAUUUUCGACGCAAUGUUCCAGGUCACGUUUCUACAGGGCGAAUCUAUUAUUCAACAGGGUGACGAGGGAGACAACUUUUACGUAAUAGAUGUUGGCGAAGUUGAGGUGUACGUUAAUUCGGAACUGGUGACGGUGAUCGGCGAAGGUGGGAGUUUCGGAGAGCUGGCUUUGAUCCACGGUACACCGAGGGCCGCCACGGUACGCGCUAAGACUGACAUGAAGCUCUGGGGCUUGGACCGAGACAGUUAUAGGAGAAUACUCAUGGGCUCGACGAUCCGAAAGAGGAAAAUGUACGAAGAAUUCUUGUCACGCGUCUCUAUUCUAGAGAGUCUAGACAAAUGGGAGAGACUGACAGUGGCCGAUGCGCUGGAACCAGUGUCGUUCGACGACGGCGAAACCAUUGUCAGACAAGGCGAACAAGGAGACGAUUUUUACAUAAUCGUCGAAGGAACGGCGCUCGUCCUACAGCAGCGGGAUGGCGUAAGCUUAAAAAGUUUGGGAACCGCUUGUAUAGGUUAUAUUGGAGAAUGGGACAACUAUAAUACGUGUAGGACAAAUUUACAGCCACCAGAGAUGAUAGUUCAUAAAAUCAAUAACAAAAAUCUACAUCCUGCUGUUGUAUCAUGA